CGACGCCUGGUUCUUUUUCCGCCCGCGCUUCCUGCUCCGGGGCUCCGGGCGCCGUGCGGGAGCCUCCCCUGCGCCCUCUGCCCGGCCCGGGCCCCGAGCCGGCGGCGAGAUGGCCCUGCGGCCCCCGCUGCGGGGCGCCAAGCCCAAGCCCAGCCUCCCCCCCCACUACUACGAGGGCUUCCUGGAGAAGAAGGGGCCACAGGACAAGGGGUAUAAGAAAUACUGGACAGGCCUGCAGGGGCUCACGCUGUAUUUCUACAACACCAACCGAGACGUGCAGUACGUGGAGAAGAUCGACCUGGACAACUUCGUGUCCCUGACCGACAGCUACCUCCGGAGCGGCCCCCAGGCCAGCAACGAGGGGGUGGGGCUCAGCCUGAAGCUGAGGGGGCAGGAAGUGAAGUUAAAGGCUGAGAGCCUGGAGGCUCGGGAGAUGUGGAAGGGUUUCAUCUUCACCAUGGUGGAGAUGCAAGUCCCCUCCAACCUGACGUUGCUGCCCGGCCACAUCUACAUGAUGUCCGAAGCCCUCUCCAAAGAGCAGGAGCGACGGGCCCAGCUGAGCCAACGCCGCAGCACGAGCUCCCUCCACUACGAGUUGAUGAUGGAGGAGAUGCCGGCCUGCUAUUUCAAGGUUUCCAGGACAGAGGCCCGGGUCCUGCUGGAGAGGAACCUGGACUGCGGCAACAUGCUGCUGCGUCCAGGGGGCGACGGGAAGAGCAUCUCGGUGACCACGUGUCAGAUGCUGAACGGCACCCCAGUUGUGAAGCACUACAAAGUGAGCCGUGCGGGACAGCAAUAUGUCGUUGAGGUUGAUCGGCCGCACCGCUGCUCCUCCCUGGCUGAUGUGGUGGAGUACUUCGUCUCCAACACCAAGAAGACCCUGGUGCCCUUGAGCCUGGAUGAGGAUUACGCUGAGAAGUUAGAGUUUGUGGAGACUGAUAAGGAGAACGGAGAGAGUGUCUGGGAAACAUCCAUGCCCCCCUGCCCAAAGCCCCCCAAAGCCGGUGCCAAAGUGGAGGCAAUGAUUCCACCCACCUCCAGACAAAGUCCUCUGUCGAAGCCCCUUCCCACGCCUCCAGCGUCUGAGGAGGAUCAAGAAGAGACCUACGUGAAUGAUGAAGAUGUGGCAGCCAUCAAGGGAACAAAGCCAAAGCCAGCCUGCCCCACGGUGGGCCCCGUGAAGGUGAUUUGGGAGAGGGGCGGCCAGACCAAGGCGCCGCCUGUACCACCCAGCAAGCCAGCCGCUAAAGGCCAGUAUAUGAGGACACCCAGCAGCGCCCUCAACCUACGGCAACAUGGUAGCAGCCAGGCCUCCCGCCAGGCCACGUCGUGGGUCGGAGACCUCCCCACAGACAUAUCAGAGGAGCUGGCGCGGAAGCUACAGGAACGAAGAGCCAACCUGGAGAACUGACCCGCUGCCCUGCACGGAUGGCAUGGCGGGCGAGGAGGGUUCUGCUGGGAACACAGGGUUCCAGUCCUCCCAGGGAACAAAACCUUGGCCCCAAACCUCUCCUGACUCUUGUGCAGCGUUGAUCACGUACCCAGGGCCCGGCCCUUCUUCUCUGGCCCUUUCCCAGCACCGUGAGACACUGGUUUGUAGGGCUCGCAGCCCCCCAC